GACGACGGAGCGGUCGAUUUCCACGUCCCUACUCACGGCCACAUCUCCUCCUUCUCCUCCUCCUCCGCAUGGCCUCUGCGGCGACGUCGUACCGGGGGGUGAGGCGGCGGCCGUGGGGGAAAUUCGCGGCGGAGAUCCGGGACUCUACGCGGCACGGGGUCCGGGUGUGGCUGGGGACGUUCGACAGCGCGGAGGCCGCGGCGAUGGCUUACGACCAAGCUGCUCUCUCGAUGCGCGGUCCCGCGGCGGUGCUCAACUUCCCGGUGGACCGGGUCAGGGAGUCCCUGCCCGGGGUGGAGUGGCGGGAGCUGGAGCAGGGGGGGUCGCCGGUGGUGGCGCUGAAGAGGAAGCACUCCGCCAGGAGGAAGUCAUCAGUGGACAAGAAAGAGAAGGUCGCCGAGAGUAGCUGCAGCAGCGGCGGCAGCUACAGCAGUAGUGUGUUGGAGUUCGAAGACUUGGGAGCGGAGUACUUGGAGGAGCUUCUAUGGAGUACUUCGGCAGAGGCUGCAUCUUAACUUGAACUGCUCUGCUCUGAUAGAGAAAACUAUGAAACUUGUCUAGUUUGUUUGUUUUGGUUUGGUGGGGAGUGGACGAUCUGAUAGUAAUAGACAUCGAUCUCGUUCAAUUAUCUACACUUUUUCGCUAUAUGAAGGUGAAAUUUUGUACAAACAUGGAAUAGAAGUAAAAUGUGCCACAAAACAGAGUUAACCCU